AUGGCAGUACAACAACAUGCAAAAACGCGGAUAGCUUAUUAUUACGACGGAGACGUGGGUAAUUACUACUAUGGACAGGGUCAUCCGAUGAAACCCCAUCGAAUUCGCAUGACUCAUAAUCUGUUGCUUAAUUAUGGUCUUUACCGCAAAUUGGAAGUCUAUCGACCGAUUCCGGCGACUUUUGAAGAGAUGACCAAAUACCAUUCGGACGACUACAUGAUGUUUUUGAAAAACAUUCGACCGGACAAUAUAUCUGAUUAUACGAAACAGAUGCAACGUUUUAAUGUCGGAGAGGAUUGCCCAGUUUUCGAUGGUGUUUUCGAAUUCUGCCAGCUUUCUUGUGGUGGUUCCUUGGCUGCUGCUACAAAAUUGAACUGCAGACGGGCAGAUAUUGCCAUUAAUUGGAUGGGUGGACUCCAUCAUGCGAAGAAGAGUGAAGCAAGUGGCUUCUGUUACAGUAAUGACAUAGUGUUGGCUAUCCUAGAGCUGCUCAAGCAUCACCAGCGAGUUCUGUAUGUCGAUAUUGAUAUACAUCAUGGUGAUGGUGUGGAGGAAGCGUUCUAUACAACUGAUCGUGUAAUGACUGUGUCUUUUCACAAAUACGGGGAGUAUUUUCCUGGCACAGGAGAUCUUAAGGAUAUUGGUGCAGAAAAAGGGAAAUACUACGCGCUUAACUUCCCUCUUCGAGAUGGAAUUGACGAUGAGGCAUAUGAGCGAAUAUUCAGCCCUGUGAUGCGAAAAGUCAUGGAGAGCUUCCAGCCAUCAGCUAUAGUACUGCAAUGCGGUGCAGAUUCACUUACAGGAGAUCGCCUUGGGUGCUUUAACCUAACGUUGAGAGGACAUGGCAAAUGUGUAGCAUUUCUGAAGAAAUUUGAUGUACCUCUGAUGCUUGUUGGAGGCGGAGGUUACACCAUCCGCAACGUUUCUCGUUGUUGGACUUAUGAAACUUCUGUAGCAAUAGGCACUGAGAUUGCCAACGAAUUGCCAUAUAACGACUACUUUGAGUACUUCGGUCCUGACUUCAAGUUACACAUCGAAAAAUCCAAUAUGACUAACCAGAACACGCAAGAUUAUUUGGAGAAGACAAUGACACGACUUUUCGAAAAUUUGCGAGAACUUCCUUAUGCACCUUCCGUGCAAAUGCAACCAAUUGAACCGGACACGCUGAAAAUGCUAGAUAAGUCGCUAGUUGAGGACCACCUAAAUCCCGAUGUAUGUUUGUUUACUGUUAUUUAUUUCUGUGUCUGUCACGAGGCAGAAUUCUUUGAUGGAGGUAGAGAAUCUGCUAGGGAUGUCCAGGUCUUUUUCUUUCCCUGUCGUUUCUUUUUUUCUUUUCCUGCCAGAGAAUUAUGGUCUUAUUCACCGGAAAACGUACUGUUUUGCAAAAUAUUACACAUUGCGGCAGCAGUUUACUAA